CUAAACUUCUUGUAUUCAAGUUGUUUUAAAUUUGAAUGUGCAACUACCUGAUGCCAUGAGUCAGCCAAUCAAAGAAUCAAAUUCAAAUAUGAAAACUCAAGCUGCAUCGCUGCUAAAUAUUAGCUCGCAUUGAUUAACAAUAAUUAUAUAUUUAUGCCUUUCUUGAAAUCGCAUCCUAUCCGGAUUUAUCGCUUUUAUUUCAAUCUUAUUGUCCUGCUCUCAGUAUGUCCAUAAUUAUAGUUUUGUAACAUGAGUUUAUUUUCAAUUUAACCGCAGUAAUGAUAUCUUAUCAAUUCAGUUCUGAGAAUGUUUGAUUCUGCAAUUUUUGCUCCUGCUCUUCAUCGGUCAUCGGUCUCAUAUUAUAGUUUAAAUCUGUUUUGCUGGGAACUGAGGAACCGGCAGCACCUAGGGUUGUCAAUAGCCAAAAGUGUAUCAGGGUUGGUGGAAAACACAACGACCUGGAUGCUGUUGGAAGGGAUGGUACUCAUCACACCUUCUUCGAAAUGCUUGGCAACUGGUCAUUUGCCGAUUAUUUUAAAGAAGAUGCAUGUAAAAUGGCAUGGGAUCUUUUGACGGGACCUUACAAUCUGGAUAAAGAGAAACUUGUGGUCACCUAUUUUGGAGGAGAUCAGAGGUCAAAUUUAAAAGCUGAUCAAGAUUGUGCGGAUAUUUGGAGAUCCAUUGGUUUGAAAAGCCGCCAAAUUAUUCCCAAUGGAAUGAGUGAGAACUUCUGGGAAAUGGGUCCAGUAGGGCCCUGCGGACCAUGCACUGAAAUAUAUUACAACAAAGGAGGAAAACUUAUGGAACUCUGGAACCUUGUCUUUGUAGAAUACGAAAGGAAAGAGGAUGGACUGUUGUAUCUGCUCCCUAAAAAGCAUGUUGACACUGGAAUGGGGCUUGAGAGGCUAUCAAGGGUUUUGCAGAAGGUAGACUGCAAUUAUGAUACUGACUUGUUCCAACCUCUAUUUGAAAUUACUCAAAAGGUUUCUGGCAAGGAUAAAUAUAGCAGUUCUUUUGGCGAGGAGGCGAUCCUGGACACAGCUUACAGAAUAUUGGCUGAUCACUCAAGAGCAAUAAGCAUUGCUAUGGCGGACGGCAUUUUUCCUGAUCAAAAUUACAAGCUGAGGAAACUUGUCCGCAAGUGUUUUGCACUCUCCAUCAACGUUUUCCAAAUGAAUGGGAAUGAAAUUCUGCCUCAUCUUGUGCUGAAAGUGACAGAAAUAUUGGGUGAGACUUACCCUGAGCUUAGGGCAAAUCUCAAUCGUACUGUAGAAACUCUGGAUCAAGAGUAUUUACUUUAUUUGAAAAUGCAGUCGCAGGCAAAAUCUAAGUGGGAAGCCCUAGUUGAGCAAUUUCCAGUCCUAGAGGCCCUGCCAGAUGAUCAUCCAGGCCUUGAGCAGGCAGUCCUUCAAGUCAAGGAUUGCAAGGAAAUCUCUGCAGAACUUGCUUUUCAUUUGCACACUUCCCUUGGUGUUGACAAAGAGCUGAUUGAAGGUCUAGCUAAGUGCUUCAAUAUUCCUGUGGACCUUGAGGGUUACCAAGCGAACGUAGACAAUCAGAAAAAGGGUUCCAGAGCAACAGUUGGUGCUGAGGAGAAGCUGCUGAGCGAAAAUAGCGUUCCACCAACUGGAGAUGAUUCUAAGUAUUACUGGGAAUACAAAAAUGGUCACUAUAUUUUCCCUGAGCACAUGGACUGCAAAAUGUUGGCCCUCAUUCAGAAUAAGACUUUGGUGAACUCAGUCAAGGCUGGUAGUGAGUGCGACGUUGUGACUGACCACACACACUUCUACCAUGAAGCUGGAGGCCAGGUUUCAGAUGUGGGCAGACUGUGCUCUGCAAAAGGCACCGCUGACAUUGUGGACGUUCAAAAGCAUGGAAAAUACGUUCUGCACAAAGUGAAAGUGCUGGAGGGUGUAUUACGCCAAGGCGACCCAAGCAAACUGAGUCUGGACUGCAAACAUAGACUGUUGUGCAUGCAGCACCACUCGGCCACUCACUUGCUCUAUUCGGCCCUUCGCAAGCUGAUCCCAAACACAUAUCAAAGGUCAUGCCACGUAACCCAGAGCUACCUGACCUUUGACUUCACCACGCCCUUCUCUCUAAAAGACGAACACGUGGAAACCAUAGAGGAAUUUGUCAAUGAGCAAAUUGAGCUCGCUCUUCCUAUCAAAAGGCGCGUCAUGAGUUUGCAGGAUUUACCUGAGAAUGCUGUCAAGCGCCCUGGUGAACAUUACCCUGACAUUGUGUCCCUUAUCACCAUGGGAAAGGAGGAGCAGGUUUCCUCUGAACCCUGCUGCGGCACUCACUGCAACAACACAUCAGACCUUUUGAAAUUUUGCAUUCUGUCUACCAAGUCUUUUGGGACUGGAGUUCGCUCAGUGAGGGCGACUGCAGGAAAUCUUGCUCUCACCAUCCUGCAGGCUGGCAAAGAGGCUGAGCAGGAGGUUCUUAGUCUGCAGAGCUACUUGGACAGUCCAGAGUAUGACAGUUUCAAAGCAAGCAAGGAAAUCAAAAGGAUGAGAGCAAAAUUCUUUGAGCACGAUCAAAUCCCAUUGGUGGUAAAGAGGCGAUUGGAGAGCUGGCUUAAGAAAAUUGAUAAAAAGGUCACUCAGGACAACAAAAACAUCAGCAGGGAUAUUCUGGAGAAACAAGUGAAAGAGCUUUUGCAGCAUUCGGACAUGAUGUUUGUAGUUUCUGCCUUUUACAGCGACAGUCCAGAGCCUCUGAGCCUACUCAGGGCCCAGCAAAUGUGUUCUGCAGAGAAGCCAUCUCUGUUUAUCUCAAGGGAUGGAGAUGGCUGCAUCAGAGGAAGAAGUUAUGUCCCAGAUAUCAUGUUGUCGGAGGGCUUUAACGCAGAAACCUGGAUGCAACCUGUAUUGAAUGUAUUUCAAGCUGUGGGUUCUCCACCUAAAGGCAAGGAGAACAAAAGCGUGUGGAUGAUGAAGGUUAAGUCUGGAGAAGAGUUAGAAGACAAAAAGCUAGUCACCAAAGCUGUAUUGGAGGCUGAAAAUUAUGCCAGAGCUUCACUCUUGCUCUCCACUCUCAAAAGGAAGCAAUAAAAAUGCAAUUAAUUAGAUAAUAAAAUAAUAUUUAAAUUUUAUGUCAUCUCACUGACAGCUCAUGACUUGCUUUUGGGGUGCAUUAGGAUCUACACAUUUCUUGUUACAUGAAACUUUGAUGUUAGUAAAGUUGCACCAUACCACUUUGCCAAUUAUUCAACCAAUGAAAAUUGAAACAUAGCUAAAAGAAAUAAAGGUUUCUCUUGCAUUGUAUAUUUAUUUCUAA